AUGCGGGAUAAAGUACGGAAGCUGGUGGCUUCUGGCCGAUUGGAGUUCAUGAGUACUGGGCAUGCUGCACACCCCCAUGGCGGGAUGUUGAAGAACCCUCAUUUGACAUGUCAUCCCCCCCUCCUCCCCCUCCUACAACCCCCACUCCCGUGUCUACCCUUCCCCCCACUUCCCCCUCCCUCCCCCUCCUUUCCUUCCCCUUCUUCUCUCAUACACAUAUCUUCUAUGUUUCUUCCAUGUGCUAUGCUGUGCAGCAACGGCGGGUGGGUGAUGCAUGACGAGGCGUGUGCACAUUACACGGACAUGGUGCAUCAGAUGGCCAUGGGGCACCGCUUCCUCAUGGCGACAUUCAACGUCACCCCGCGCAUCGCCUGGCAGAUCGACCCCUUCGGCCACUCUGCUACUCAAGCCAGCCUCAUCACUGCUCAGGCGGGGUUGGAAGCCGUGUUCAUGGGGAGGGUGGACCAGCAGGAAAAGGAGUCUCGUUUGGCCGCCAAAACAAUGGAGUUUGUGUGGCGGGCAGACGGGGCGACGCAGAGAGAAAACCAGGUGCUGGGAAUGGUAUCCUAUGAUGGUUACUACUCGCCCUCACAGUUCCGCUACCAGGACUCAGACGAUCCUUCUUACCGCAUUCAGGUACUCCCUCGCUCUCUCUGCUGCUCUGCACUCGCCCCUCUGCUGCAACGCACUUGCCCCUCUGCAUGCAACGCACUUGCCCCUCUGCUGCAACGCACUUGCCCCUCUGCUGCAACGCACUUGCCCCUCUGCUGCAACGCACUUGCCCCUCUGCUGCUCUGCACUUGCCUCUCUGCUGCACAGCAAGCUUCAUGUGUGCACCUCUCCUGUAGGCGCGUGAUAAAGGAGUCUUCCCCACACCCUCUGCUCUUCCAUUGCUCGAUCUGCUCUACCAUCGUCCCUCUGCCCUCGUCCACUGGUCAGGACAAUCCCUAUGGGGGGUCGCCCAACGUGCAGCGCCUGGUGGACGAGUUUGUAGCGGAAGUGACCAAGAGGCGUCUUUCCACCCGCCAACCCCUCUAUCUCAAAACCCUUUCUUCCUCUCACUGCCUUAACCGUUGCUCUCCACGGUUCUCAUCUCACUCACCCCCCAAGGGGCCCUCACGGGCGGAGGGCUUUAAGACGAAUCACCUGCUGUUCCCCAUGGGCGAGGACUUUGCGUUUGACCGCGCCAUCUUGUGGUUCAAGAACAUGGACAAGCUCAUUCACUACGUCAACCUGGACGGGAGGGUGAACGCGCUCUAUUCCACGCCAUCCAUGUAUCUGGACGCACUCCACUCUGCCAAUGCCACGUGGCCUCUCAAGACUGGUGACAUGUUCCCGACGAUGGGCCCUACUGUUCGGGCUACUUCAGAGGAGAAACCAUUGUCCGCAUAUGUUCUCGCGUUCCCCCCUCGUCCCCAUUCCCCUCCCUCCCUUCCGCCCACCCUCUCCCUCCCCUCCGCCCAUGCGCCCCUCGCCCCAGCUACCAGGACGACGGGCCCUACUGGUCCGGCUACUUCACAUGAGGACCCUUCUCCGCAUAUUUUCCCCCGUCCCCCAACCCCUCCCUCUUCUCCGUCCAUGCGCUCCUCGCCCCAGCUACCAGGACGACGGGCCCUACUGGUCCGGCUACUUCAGCAGCCGCCCCUCUCUGAAGCUCCUCGCGCGCUCCUGCAGCGCCCUGCUGCUGGUGCGCUGCCCUCUCAACCUGCUCAUUUGAUGUGGUGUGGUGUGGCCACCACAGCAGCAGAGGCAGCAGUGGGGAAGGAAGCGCUACAGGCAUGGGGCAUGGCGACGGGGCGCAUGAUGGUACUGGAGCACCUUGUGCUCGACACACACAUGGGCAAGACGACCAGAGACAGCCAGAAGGAGGAGAAGCAGGCGGAUGGGGGGGAGAGUGCGGGAGGGGUGGAGCGGAUGAGGGUGGGGUGGGGAGAGCGAGCGGCGGGUGCGAGUGGCGAGCUCGUUCCGGUUGGAGGAGGCGGUGGCAGUGGAGGCGGUGGCAGUGGUGCAGCACAUGAUGGGAUCACAGGCACGGCGCAGCAGCAUGUUACCGAUGACUACUCUGCUCUGCUGCACCGCAUUGCUGAGGAGGUGAGGGAUGAGUGCAUGGGUAGAGGUUAG